GGAUUAGCAUCCCGCUGUGCAUGGCCGGUAGCGGCGUUAGGGCGGCUGAAGUGGUAGGCGCUGCGCGAGUUCCACUACCACCACGCCGGCAGUCGGGCGCGCGCCACUCCGAGCCGAGCGGUCUACCCAGCCGUAGGAAUGGACUUCGACGCGAUCCUCGAGGAUGUGGGCGGCUGGGGCCGCUACCAGAAGCUGGUGGUGUACGGGGUGCUCCUCCCUGCCGUGUUGCCCUGCGGGUUCCAUGCUUAUGCUCAGCUCUUCAUGGCGGCGGAGCUGCCGCACUGGUGCGCGCCGCCACCGCACCUCGACCCACAGGACGCUAGGAACCUCAGCAUCCCCAUGGAGCUCCGCAACGGCGUGCUGCAGUACUCGCAGUGCAGCAUGUACGAGCUGAACUCCUCGCUUGGCCAGCCUCCAGAACCGGCUGAUCGGCGCGUUGUGCCCUGUACUCACGGCUGGCACUACGACCGGAGCGUCUACAAAAAUACUGUCGUCAGCGAGUGGAAUCUGGUGUGCAGCAAGGACUUUUACCCAACGCUGGGGCUCGUGCUGCUGGCGGUCGGCGGCAUCGUUGGCAACUACAUUUUCGGAUAUCUGCAGGACACGCUGGGGCGCAAGCCGUCGUUCUUCAUCUACCUGCUGAUCGAGUGCGUGUUCGGCGUGGCCACUGCCUUCGCGCAUAACUUCGCGCUGUGGGCAGCCUUCCGCGUCGGCGUGGGGUUCACCGUGCCCGCCAUCAUGGCCACGCCCUACGUGCUGGCGAUCGAGCUGGUGGGCCCUGAGCACCGCACGCUGUGCACCAUCCUGUCCAACAUCGCCUAUUCCACGGGGCUGAUCCUGCUGGCCGGCGUGGUGUGGCUGGUGCGCGACUGGCGGCAGCUGGCGCUGGCCACCAGCCUGCCCUUCCUGGCCUUCUUCCUGUACUUGUGGCCGAUGCCCGAGUCGCCCCGCUGGCUACUGGCCAGGGGACACUUCGACAAGGCCGAGGUCAUACUGCGGAACAUGGCUAGGAUCAACAAGAAAUCGUUGCCGGCCAACUACAUGGUGCAUCUGCGGCGGAGGUACGAGUCGGAGAAGUUGCAGCAAGAACUUGAGCGGGAGAAGUCGCGUCAGUACGGCGUGCUGGACCUGUUCCGCACGCCUAACCUGCGCAAGAAGACCGUCAUCAUAACCUUCAUCUGGUUCACCAACACUAGCGUGUAUGUAGGGCUGUCGUACUACGCGCCGGUGCUGGGCGGCGACGAGUUCCUGAACUUCUUCCUGGCGGGCGUGGUGGAGCUGCCCACCUACCUGUUCCUGUGGCCCAGCAUGGAGCGCCUCGGCCGCCGCUGGACGCUCUGCAUGAGCAUGGUGGUCGGCGGCGUGGCCUGCCUCACCACCUUCCUGGUGCAGCACGAAGAGUACGUGACGUUGGCGCUGUACUGCGUGGGGAAGAUGGGCAUCUCAUCAGCGUUUGUGGUGCUGCCCCUGAUGGCGUCGGAGCUGUACCCCACCGUAGUUCGCGGGCUCGGCAUGAGCCUCAGCUCCGUGCUGGGCAUGCUGGGGCCCAUCUUCAUCCCGCUGGUCAACUACCUGGUGCACUCGCUGUUCCACAUCCCGCACCUGCUGAUGUACCGGCGGCUCGGGAUCCUCACGGCCUUCUGGAGUCUCGUCGGCGUGGGACUCGUUAUCGGAGCUGUCAUGGAGAAGGAGCUGUUGUACGACAUCUGGAUCUGGUACUCGACGGUGUACGUGCCGGUGAUGCUGAUCAUCAUGUGCAUCGUGCUGACGGCCUCCGUCUGGGCCAUGGACCUCAAGCCGCUGCGCGCCAUCUUCGCCACCAUCGCCGUGCUCUUCUACCUGUUUAUGUUCUACUGCAUCAUAUUCGUACAAACGGAGAAGAGGAAGAUCUUCUCUACGACCUACCGACCGAUGCCGGAGACGACGCCGUGCCCCUGGUGCCCCACCUGCACCACGCCUAAAUGCACCACACCCACGACGACCACGCAGGCCCAAGCCAAGUCCAAGCCGGGCCUGCGCACGCUCGAGAUGCUAUUUGACGAGAGCCUGGUGUGACCAGGGCGGGGCGCCGCUGCCUCUCUACCUACGUAAUUAGUAAUUAAGGACGGAUACUCGACGUCGCGACGAAUUGCCGUCUCCGGGCCCCUGUGUCACCGUGGUGGUGACUAUUAUUAGUGACAAUUCACCGUACAUGGCUGUUUCUUAAAGUCCAUAUUGACCAUGACUGUAUCAUUGUUACUUAUCGACCCAGAAAUGGACAGGAAAAUCUCAAUUGUCACCGUGGUAAAAUAGGUCCUAGGUGAGUGGUGACAUGUUCAUUGCUCAUCAUGCUCAUGUAUUACAGGAAGUAUUACAACUCAAUUAAAUGUCUUUUCAUG